GCGCGCUAGAACGCCUGCGUCGUAGCGGGCCGCAGCGGGCGUCUGUGCCUCCGCCCCCUAGGCCUUUUUACCGCGCUGCAUUGUGGGAAUUUGACCUCCGCCGCCACCGGGAAGACACCAUUAAACCCACCAUGGGAACUUCAACAGACGAUGAAGUCAUACGGAAGCGUCUCUUAAUUGAUGGAGAUGGUGCAGGUGACGAUCGGAGAAUUAAUCUGCUAGUGAAAAGUUUUGUGAAAUGGUGCAACUCUGGAUCCCACGAAGAAGGAUAUGGCCAGUACCAACGUAUGCUGAGUACCUUGUCGCAAUGUGAGUUUUCAAUGGGCAAAACUUUGCUGGUGUAUGAUAUGAAUCUCAGAGAAAUGGAAAAUUAUGAAAAGAUUUACAAGGAAAUAGAAGGUAAUAUUGCUGAAGCACAUAAAAAAAUCGCUGAGUGCAAAAAGGAGAUUCUUCAAGCAAAAAGGAUACGGAAGAAUCGUCAAGAAUAUGAUGCUUUGGCAAAAGUCAUCCAGCGUCACCCCGACAGGCAUCAGACAUUGAAGGAACUAGAGGCUCUGGGAAAAGAAUUAGAACAUCUUUCACAUAUUAAAGAAAGUGUUGAAGAUAAGCUGGAAUUGAGACGGAAACAGUUUCAUGUUCUUCUCAGUACUAUCCAUGAACUUCAGCAAACAUUGGAAAGUGAUGAAAAACUCUCCGAGGGAGAAGAAGGUGAAGAAACUUUCAUGGAUAUAGAACCAAAGUCAUAGAACGGCUAGUCACUCAUUCCUAAGGAUAUUAAAAUAGCUACAUGACUGGCAUUUUUCGAAUUUGUUAUAUUCUUGAAAUACUUAGUUUUGGCAGUGAAAUAGUUUGCUUUUAAAUAUUUACAUUUUAUUCGUAGUUACAUAAAAGAAAAUGAUCUCAGUAUAUAUUUGGUUUUAUUGAAACGUGGGGUUUUUCUGUUAUCGUACUGGGGUUUGAACUUAGGGCCUUGUACUUGCUGGGCAGGUAAUCUACCAUGUGAGCUUCAACCCCAGCCUGAAUGUUUUACCCCCCCCCCCCCUAUUUUUUUUUCUUUUUUGGGUCUGCCAUAGGUCUUAGGUCUU